AUGUAUCCGAAGUACUGUCGACUGAUGCUCAUUUUAUUCAAACCAUGGUGUGUUCCUAUGGAUUUAAAACGGGAUGAUGAACUCUGGACAGAUGCCUUUACACAAUUUCAGUGCGACUGCUCGCAACAUGUCACAGACUUACUAGACAACAUGCAAAUCCUGCAUGAAUGCAAAGACAGCCGAGAUGAUCAC